AUGGCCUCCCUUGUGCCAAAGAAGCCUUCGACACCACCUCCGCAUACCAGGCCGCCUCGCAGGCAUAGAGUUUUGACCCCGGCCUCAGAUGAUUUGCUGCAGGAGCAGGGGAGGAAGCGGUCCAAAUCCAGUCCAUCCGUUCUUCUGUCCGCCAGCUCAGCAAGCAGCAUGUGCAGCACCUCCCCACCUGCGCUGCCAGACUUGGAGAGGUGGAGGGUGCGUUUCGAAGAGGCCCCCGAGGUGAUCCUGUUUCUGAGCGAUCCGGAGGAGGGCAGGCCUGCCAGUUGUCCGGUGCUGCGACCUCUUGCUCCGAUCUUCGAGGAGGCUGAGAGACCUCAGAGAGAUCUCGCGGUUGGUAUCCAUGAUAGCAUUUCAGCGGCGCCGGAGAUGCCAAGGCCCAUGCCAAGGUCUCACGACUGCGAGAGAGGUCUGUCGGCCCUUAGUGCCGAGAGGCGAGCCGCCAUGUUCCAGAACCUCUUCUGCGAAAAGCCGCAGUCUUGA